AUGGGUGGUGGUCCCAGAGUUCCCUAUCCCAAGCACGUCUGGUCACCAGCUGGUGGCUGGUAUGCCCAGCCGUCUAACUGGAAGGUCAACACUGCGGUCUUCGGAGCCUUGAUUUUGGGAUUCACAGCCCUCACCUGGAGGCUCAGCGCGGACCGCGAAUUCAGACACAAGAUGCCAGAACCAGGCCGAUUCUACCCAAGCCGAUACUGGACCAAGCAAAUAAGGGAGCACGAGAAGGGCCAGAAUGCAGGAUCAGCUGCAGCACUGAGUGCGUCUUCAGAGGUGCAGACGAAAUAG